CUGGGUGACUGAAGCGAGCGAAACGCCGCACGGGACUUCCGGCAGUUCCGGCAGUUCCGGCCGGUCGUCUCUGCUUCCGUUCGCGAAGCAGCCGUGUCUCUGAGUGUCUCGUUCCCUUUGGGUUCGCGAGCUCGCGGGGGAAACCAGGAAAACGCGUAGCCGAAGAGGCCCGUGACCGGUUCCGCGGGGAAGGAACGAACAUUCGCGAGGAAGGAGCACGAGGCGGAAGGGCGCGCAAUCCGGACUGCCCGUCGAAGCGCUCGAGCAGAUUCAUCGUCCCGUCUCGGUCAGCGGUGCGCGUGUGCGUGUCUCUUCGUCACUCGUCCGAAGGAGCGGCACGAUGACGGACAAUCAGUAUUCCAAUUACCAGCAGCAGGGGUAUAACCAGUACAGCCAGCCACCUCCCACGGCUGGGCAGGAUACGUCGUAUCCACCCCCUUCGACUGGCGGCAGUAACUACAAUCAGUACAGCCAGCCGCCCCCGAACGCCGGUACCAACUACGGCAAUUACAACAGCUACAGUUCUAACAGCGGUCAGGAUUACAAUCAGUCGCAGAGCGGCCAAGGCAGUUACGGCGGUCAAAAUAGCUACGGAGGCGGCGGCAGUGGCGACGGCGGUAACAACUACAGCGGGAGCUACGGCAACAGCGGAGGUGGCAGUGGGGGAUAUAAUCGCAACUCCGGUUCUUACAGCGGAGGCCAAGGAGGUGGCGGUGGCGGCGGUAGAUACGGCGACCGCGGCGGUUACGGAGAUCGCUCCGGCGGUGGUUACAACAGUGGCGGUGGCCGAGGUGGUUAUAACAAAGGGGGCUACAGUGACCGUAACAGCGGUGGCGGUGAAGGAAUGGUUACGCAAGAGGAUACUAUUUUUGUAUCCGGUAUGGAUCCAUCGAUCUCCGAGGAAGAGAUUUGUCAGCAUUUCGGAGCGAUUGGCAUUAUUAAGCAUGACAAACGCACGGGCAAGCCGAAGAUUUGGAUGUACAAAGACAAGAACACAGGAAAGUCGAAGGGCGAGGCGACGGUCACGUAUGACGAUCAGAACGCCGCGCGCUCGGCUAUCAGCUGGUUCGACGGCAAGGACUUCAAGGGCAGCACGAUAAAGGUGCAGAUGGCCCAGCACAAGAGUAGCUGGCAGAGUAAUCGCAUAGGCGGCGGCCGCGGGGGCGGUGGCCGAGGCCGAGGUGGCAGUUUCGGCGGUCGUGGCGGUGGCGGCGAUCGUGACGAUCAUCAUCGCGGAGGCGGUGGCGACGACCGGCGUGACGGUGGCGGCCGUGGAGGCGAUUGGAGGUGUCCCAAUCCCGAUUGCGGCAACACGAAUUUCGCCUGGCGGGAUCAGUGCAAUCUCUGCAAGAGCGCGAAACCGGAAGGCCUUGGCGGCGGUGGCGGCGGUAGCGGCGGCGGCGGUUACGGCGGCGGCAGAGGGGGUGGCGGCCGAGGCGGCGAUCGCGGAAGCCGCGGGGGUUUCCGGAGCGAUCGUGGCGGACGUGGAGGUGACAGAGGUGGCAGAGGCGGCGGCGGUUUCCGCGGUGGGGACCGGGGCGGCCGCGGUGGACGAGGCGGUCCCAUGAGGGGCGGCGGCCGAGGCGACAGGGACAGGGACCGUCAGCGACCGUAUUAAAUAUAUCAUAUUCUUAAAGAAAUACUACCGGCCUGUUCGGCCCACCGUCAUUAUAAAACCUGUACACAUAUUGUACACACUUUCAGCGCUUGUACAUUUCGCAGAGUGGAAAAAAAAUCACUCUUUUAUUCUACACACGUGGCAUAUGUAUUUCUUACUGUCUUUCUUUUCGCGUGAUCUUUUUUUAUAUUCAUCUGAAAUAGCAUAACAUAUGUAUUGUUACGUUCAUAUUGAAAUCAAAUAUUCAAAUAGACAACAAUAGACAAGAAACCUUAAAUGUGUGAACGUACGAUCGGCUCUCAUUUUAAUUACCCGCCAUCCCACUGUGAGAUUUAUUGCGAAAUAAAGAGAAUGAGAAAUUUGGGAAAAUUCA